AUGACGCUGCCAUUUGCGGUUGCGCAGGCGGAGGACUCUUACAGUGGCUCCGGCACCGCCGUCAUUUCUGACGCCGGCGCAAUGAGCGACAGGGUCACCUUCUCCAUGUCCGGCGUUUCGAUGCUGGAAGCCGGUAUGGCUUACGAGGGUUGGCUGGUCAACAGCGGCUCCGAUGACAAGGUCAGCACUGGUAUUCUGACGGUUGUACCCGGCGGCGGCAUCAGCCAUUCAUGGACUUCACCGGACGGCUCCAACCUACUGGGGAUGUACGACACCGCCGUAAUCACCGUGGAGCCUGUGCCUGACGACGACGCGGCUCCUUCCGGCGUGAUCGCAUUCUCCGACACCGUUGCGGGUGGAGCGAUAACGCACAUCCGCCACCUCGUGGUCGCGGCGCCAAAUAGCGACACCGGAUUCCUGACGCAGUUGCAAGCGCAGGUUGAUAUGGCAAUGAUGAAGGUCAGCGAGGCGCAGGCCGCUGACAGCAUCGCAGCCCUCAAAACCGCCACAGAAGAGGCGGUAGCCAUUAUAGAUGCCGAUGGCGGCAUUACAGCGUUGGCAGCAGCUACCGAGCACGCCGGUUUUGCCGCUACGGCAGCGCCGGGCGCAGAGAUGGUCGGCCAGUACUCCGAGAUGGUUCUGGCAUCUGGCGGAAACGUGUCGGCUUGGGCUGCGGCUGCGAAGGAUGAUGCGGCUGCGGUAAUGGCCGAGGACAACCUCGACACCGCCAAGACGCUGCUUAACAUCGUCAACGGCAAGCUGAUGGCAGCAGCCGACGGCAUUGAAGCCUCCGGCAUGGGCGGCGCAAGCGACGCCUACAUGCAGGCGCAGAAGAUGGCUACGUUCACAUUGCCGGCACCGGCGCCGACAGCAGCAGUAACUCCUGCUACAGGCGACACUUACGUGCCCGCAGCGAUGCAGAUCAUGCUCUUCGUGGCUCUGAUGCUACUCAUAGGUGGUGGCGCGAUGCUGUACAGGGAGCGCAGGUUCAGCGCAAGGGCAUAA